GCAUUCGGAUGUAUAAAAUGGAGAAGAGGGGAGACGGAUGUUAAGUAAGUCUAAGAAGUCUACAAAAAAAAGGCCAGGAGUUGAGUCUCCGUGGGAGAGUCCGAGACAGUAAACGGUCCUGUCCAAUACGCUUUUGGGAUAUCUACGGAAGCAUUCAUCUAUACUGGAAGGUAUGCCAGCCUGUACCAGCGCCCACCUUAUGGUUUCGCUGCUCCUGUGGGGUGCGCUGUGCUCAGGGGCGGUGAGUCUGCCGGCAGUAGGAGCGUAUUCCUCCAUAAGACCCACAAGGCAUGCAGAUGGCUUAUUUACAAGUGGCUACAGCAAACUUCUUGGACAGCUGUCAGCCAGACGGUACCUCGAAUCUCUGAUUGGAAAGCGCAUCAGUGAUGACUUAUUGGAAGAUGAAUCACCAGUGAAGCGUCAUUCAGACGCUGUUUUCACUGACAACUUCAGCCGAUUCCGGAAACAGAUGGCAGUGAAGAAAUACCUGGACUCCGUUUUGGCAGGAAAACGGAGCAGCCAAGAUGACCUUGCGAACUUCCAAGAGGAAUCCACUAGAAGUGAGCCUUCUUUCCAAGACAGCUUGGAUGAAAUGGCUGUAGAUGAGCUUCUCAGUCGGCUCCCAGUGCCACUCUAAGCUGGGGCCCUGCAGUAUAGAUGCUCCGACAGGUCGUCAUGUGUGGCUGCAUUCCAUUAUUCAUAUUUCUUUAGCAAAAUGCAAAUCUACAUAUUGUUUACUUCUUUGUAAAAACUGUAAAUAAAGGCACAUACUAUAAAAUGUACAUUAAUAAAUAUAUAGAACUGAGUUCUUGAAGAACUAUAACCAAUAUUAUGGGUCCAUUUCUCAUAAGAUAGUAUAAGACAGUAUUAGUCAUGAUUGGACAUAGAAAACAUGGAUGUAUAAUGUCAUAUAUCACUGUCAUCAUAUUUGCAUAUGUAUCAGUAUAUAUAUCCUACUAAAAAAUAAAGACUACACCUCUGCUGUA